AUGAAGAAUAGACGAUCCUUCCGGUACCACAGCCUGCGGCGCGUGCGCCUACGGCAAAACUGGAACAAGUACAACCUCUUCAACAUGCAAGCCAACUACCCGCAGCUGCCGUCCCUCGGGCGCACCUUUUUCCAGCAAAAAUGGGCGGCCAAGGCCCUGACCCGCGGCUACCACGGCGAGCACAUCAAGGAGGGCAAGUGGGAGCGCAUGUUCAGCCGCCGCCUGCAGUCCGUCACCAACUUCGACCCGCGCUACAUGGCCCGCUUUGACGGUUCCGAGCAGGCCGCCGGUCGCGGUCGAGGCCUCGCGACGGACCCGGCCCUCGGGAAACCACAACUCGACCCGGAGGCCGGCACGAACCAGGUCACCCAGCGGACGACGCCGUACAUGCAGAUGGCAUUUGCGCCCAUGGAGCGCCGUCUGGACAUUGCCAUUUUCCGCGCCAUGUUUGCCAGCAGUGCCCGCCAGGCGCGCCAGUUUGUCGUGCACGGUGCCGUCACGGUGAACGGCAAGAAGAUGAUCUACCCUGGUUAUCUGCUGAACCCCGGCGACAUGUUCCAGGUCGAUGUGGACCACGUGCUGUUCGGCACAGGUAUGAAGAAGAGCUCACGGAAGGCGAGGCGGGCCAGAAAUCUGGGUGUAGUUGGCGCGGCCAAGGAGGCAGAAACAGCUGCAGAAGCCACGGCAGAAGCUGAGACAGCCCCGGCCGAGGUGGCGGCCGCAGAGGGCGACAAAGACUCCGACUGGAUCACCGAGGACCGCUCUGGCCACUUGAUAUUAAAAGUCCAGGAAGCGCUCGAACAGACAAAGACGGCCAAGAAAACGUGGCCGGUCCUCGCAAGGCUCUUGAAAGAGGCUUACCGUACGCCCAACGACCGGUCCAGAAGGCCCCCGCCCAACGCGCCCCUGGCCGACAGCCUGGCAAACAUGCUGAACAAGCUGGAAAUCACAAACAGCCACAACGAGGACCUGAACGCGCCGCAGCUGACGGACAACGAGCGCAAGCGUUUCAAGAGGCUCCUGGCUGAGGAGGCCGAAAACCCCGUCGAUCUCUCCAAACCGUAUGCCACGCCCUGGCGCCCGCGGCCUUUUAUGCGGGCCUUUGCUUUCAUCCCGCGCUACCUCGAAGUCAACCAGAACAUCUGCGCCGCCGUCUACCUGCGCCACCCGGUCUGCCGUCCCGGUUACUCCGAGGUGCCGACCCCCUUCCCUCCGGAGGUCUCCCAGCUGGCCUUCAACUGGUACCUGCGGCGAGGCUAG